CCGGGCCAGUGGGGCUACGGGAGCGAUGGCGGCGGCGGCGACUGCAGCGUGGGCGCAGCGGCUGGCGGGCGUGCGCGGGCUACUACUUGAUGUCUCCGGAGUGCUCUACGACGGGGGCGAUGGCGGUGGCACGCCCAUUCCCGGCUCCCCCGAGGCUGUGGCCAGGAUCAAGCAGUCAGGCCUGAAGCUGCGGUUCUGCACGAAUGAAUCCCAGAAGUCUCGGGAGAAGUUUGUGGGAUUGCUUCAGCGUUUGGGAUUUGACAUCUCGGUGGACGAAGUCACGGCUCCUGCCCCGGCCGCUUGCCAGGUUCUGAAGCAGCGAGGCCUCCAGCCCUAUUUGCUUGUUCAUGAUGAUGUCCGCUCUGAAUUUGACAAGAUGGACACCUCGAAUCCAAACUGCGUCGUCAUUGCAGAUGCAGGGGAGGGCUUCUCUUACCAGAAUCUGAAUGAGGCGUUCCGAGUCCUUGUCAGCCUGGAAAAUCCGGUGCUUUUAUCCCUGGGAAAAGGACGCUACUACAAAGAGACGGAUGGCCUGAUGCUUGACGUUGGCCCAUACAUGAAGGCGCUGGAGUACGCCUGUGACGUCCAAGCUGAAGUGGUGGGAAAACCAGCCCCUGAGUUCUUCCAGGCAGCCUUAAAGGAAAUGGGCACGGAAGCACACGAGCCCCCACCACAACCAGGAGAGGCACCCAUCAUGAUCCCCAUCUUAAAGAUGAGAAAGCCAAGGCUGAUAGAAAGUUGUGACUUGCCCAGGGUCACUCAGCUAAGCAGUGUCUAAAGCUGGAUUUGAACUCAGAUCUUCCUGACUUAAGUAUGGAGCCUGGGCUUCGGAAUGGAAGGGAUCAAUGGACCAUUCACUCUGUGAGGAGGUGUCCUGGGCCCUCCGUCCAGGCACCAUCUGCUGUCAUUCCAGUCCUCUCUUGCACUCCCAAACCCUGCUCUUCACUCUUACUUCCACCUCCAAAGCCUCACCCUCUCUGGUCUUUCCCAGGCCCUGUCUCCUGCAGGGUCUACAUGAUCCUUCUUUCUUUCCCUCUUGGUGAAAGUCUACACUGUGCUCUUCUCAGACGCCCUGACCUCCUCAUCUUCUGUGAUCUAGCCCUGCUAAGCCUCAACUCACCGCCUAGGUGCCAGCCUCCAGUCCUCAUUCUUGGCCCCCCCUCAUUUCCCAUGUGUUGCUAUGACCUGGAUUCUACCUUCUCAGCCCCUCUUGGAAUGCCCCCUUCUGUCCUGUGGCACUGCCAGCACCCUGGGGCAGGGCCCAGGGAUCUCGGUGGUCAGGGGGUUGGUUUCCCUGCCUCAUAUCUCUCCACUCUGCCCUUCCUUCAUCAAUCAGUGACCUUCCUGAGCUGGUCCGACCAUUUCACUUCUCUCCCCUUCAGUAAAGUCCAGGGGCUCCCUAUGGCUGCCAGGAUCAAGUGCCUCACUUUGCUGUCAAAGCACUUUAUCAGCCGCCUCCCCUCCACCUUCCUGGUUUUCUUACACUCUAGACCACGCUCUAGAACUUGGGUUUCCUGGAUUCUCGUUUCGCCAGCAUGGAGCGGUCUCCUUUCUGAAAACCAGUUAGGCUGGUUUCUAAACCCCUACGUUCCAUUCCCAGCUGCUUGGGAUCUCUCCCAGUCCGGGUGUCCGUGGAGUCAGUUCCUAUUUUGGAAAUACUUUUCAAGGAUCUAAAAAGUGGAACAUUACAAACAAACACCAAGUGUUUCCCACUUGAGGCACAGGUGCCCACACAACCAAAAUUCAGGGGUCACAGGAUCUGGGUCCUUAUCUCUCUAGCCUCCUGGCACUGUGCCUGGCACGGAGGAAACCAAAGCUUGGUGAUCAGUUGAUUUGCCAAAGAGGCCAAGUCAGUGAAAAUGUAACUGGGAGAGUUAACAAAAUAAAUAAAAAGACAACAGACCGGAGAUAAUGUUCUUAGGUGGUUUUCUGAGUCCACCUGCAGCCUACAAGAGGCGUAGUGGCCCCGUUUCUAUUUGAGUUUGAAACCACUGGUCUAGUUCAAAGCUUCUUAGAAUGUGGGUCCCCACUCCAUAUGACUGAAUGUGGGGGUUGCGAAAAAUUUGGCAGUAAAUGUUUGAUUUGUA